AAAAAUUAGCUUAGGAGUUUGAAUAUUUUUUCGAAAUUUUUAAGCACAAAAUUUAGUUGGUGCAAAAUUAAAAAAUAAUUUAAGCAAGUUAAGGCGGCCGGAGCAAAAACAAAAUCAGCUGCCUGGGCGCAGCGGCUUCAGCUGCUCAAGCAGUGCGCCGAAUCGGGAAAUCAGUUGGCAGCAGCGAGACUUGGAGACUUGUAAACACUUUUAGGCCAUGUGCUAAAAGCCACUUACUCGCUCCGUGUGCCCCACGAACUGCGUCAGAGAUUGAGCAGCAAGCACCAAGGGGCAAGCAGCAAGCACCAAGCAGCAAGCAGCAAGCACCCAAGGCGGCAAAGGCAGAAAGGUAAACAAAAACCUGUGCGCGUGUUUUUUGUGCAUCAAUAAAACACCGGCUCACCGCCCACACGCCGCACAGCGCCAAGGUCCUUUCUUUGGUCCUUUCUUUUUCGUUUUUUUUUUUUUUUGUGUUUUUAUUUUCUGCGCCGUGACGUCACCAUGGCUCCUGGCUGCUGCAACGCACGCCCCCGCCCCACCGCCCUGCUCGCCCACAUCUGGCGCCACUGCAAGCCGCUCUGCCUGCUCCUGGUGCUCCUGCUGCUCUGCGAAACCGUUCAGGCGAAUCCCGAUGCCAAGCGCCUCUACGACGAUCUGCUGAGCAACUACAAUCGCCUCAUCCGCCCCGUGAGCAAUAACACGGACACGGUGCUGGUCAAGCUGGGCCUCCGGCUGUCCCAACUCAUCGAUUUGAAUCUCAAAGAUCAAAUUCUAACGACCAACGUGUGGCUGGAGCACGAGUGGCAGGAUCAUAAAUUCAAGUGGGAUCCCUCGGAGUACGGCGGCGUCACCGAGCUUUAUGUGCCCUCCGAGCACAUCUGGCUGCCCGACAUUGUGCUCUACAACAAUGCCGAUGGCGAGUACGUGGUCACCACCAUGACGAAGGCCAUCCUCCACUACACCGGCAAGGUGGUGUGGACUCCGCCGGCCAUCUUCAAGUCCAGCUGCGAGAUUGAUGUGCGCUACUUUCCCUUCGAUCAGCAGACCUGCUUCAUGAAGUUCGGCUCGUGGACCUACGACGGUGAUCAGAUCGAUUUGAAGCACAUCAGCCAGAAGAACGACAAGGACAACAAGGUGGAGAUAGGCAUCGACCUGCGCGAGUACUAUCCCAGUGUGGAGUGGGACAUCCUUGGCGUUCCGGCCGAGCGGCACGAGAAGUACUAUCCCUGCUGCGCCGAGCCGUAUCCGGAUAUCUUCUUCAAUAUCACCCUGCGGCGCAAGACUCUCUUCUACACGGUCAACCUCAUCAUUCCAUGUGUGGGCAUCUCCUAUCUAUCGGUGCUGGUCUUCUACCUGCCCGCCGAUUCCGGCGAGAAGAUUGCCCUGUGCAUCAGCAUCCUCCUGUCGCAAACCAUGUUCUUUUUGCUCAUAUCGGAGAUCAUACCCUCGACUUCACUGGCACUGCCGCUACUGGGAAAGUAUCUACUGUUCACCAUGUUGCUGGUCGGGCUGAGUGUGGUCAUCACGAUUAUCAUACUGAACAUACACUACCGCAAGCCGAGUACGCACAAGAUGCGCCCCUGGAUCAGGUCGUUCUUCAUCAAGAGGCUGCCGAAACUCCUGCUGAUGCGUGUGCCCAAGGACCUGCUGCGCGACCUGGCGGCCAACAAGAUCAACUACGGCCUCAAGUUCAGCAAGACCAAGUUCGGACAGGCGCUGAUGGACGAGAUGCAAAUGAACUCCGGCGGCUCCAGUCCGGACUCCCUGCGGCGGAUGCAAGGUCGUGUGGGUGCCGGUGGCUGCAAUGGCAUGCACGUGACCACGGCCACAAACAGAUUCAGCGGCUUGGUGGGGGCUCUGGGCGGCGGACUGAGCACCCUGAGCGGCUACAACGGACUGCCAUCGGUGCUAUCCGGAUUGGACGACUCUUUGAGCGAUGUGGCCGCACGCAAAAAGUAUCCAUUCGAGCUGGAAAAGGCCAUCCACAACGUCAUGUUCAUACAGCACCACAUGCAGCGGCAGGACGAGUUCAAUGCGGUGAGUAGAAGAUCAGGACUGGGGCUUCGUGGCCAUGGUCAUGGAUCGCCUGUUCCUCUGGCUCUUCAUGAUCGCCUCCUUGGUGGGCACAUUUGUGAUCCUGGGCGAGGCACCGUCGCUGUACGACGACACCAAGGCCAUUGAUGUUCAGCUAUCGGAUGUUGCCAAGCAAAUCUACAAUCUAACCGAGAAGAAGAAUUAAAUUCAUGUGAACGUAGGCUUAAGACAACAU